GCCAGCACCGAGCUGCGCGUUUCGGCGCUCCAGGAGAACAGACGCAAAGUUCCCAAAGUUGCUCUGCAGAACACGAAGGCUAAGGGAAGGUUUUUUAAUUCAACCUCUGCUGUCAUUUUGUUGCACAAGGUCGAUAUACUCUGGACGCUUCUGACAGAUAACGUGUGAUCAGGAUCGAGAACAACUACAUUUGAAGUUUCAAAAGUGCCAUUGCUACGUAGAUUCUCCCCGGUAUCGAUGGCGAUGCGCGCAGCUUCCUGGACAUUCCCCCCGGUGUUUAUCGUUGCUUUUCUCACUGCUCAAGCGAACGGCAACCACCACGCCCACGCCCACGCCCACGCCCCCGCCCACGGGCUGGGGGUAUCCUCCCUCCACGCCUCCUACAUCUGCCCCGAGGGAGCCAACGUGACGCUGGUCUGCACCCAGUCUGGCAGCAAGGCACAUCCAAUGGACGCACUGCAGCACGCCUGGUUCUUCACACCUCACAUGGACCAGCGCUGUGAACACAUCCUGCCCCGGCGCACCCAUGGCAACCGUACGCUGGGCGUGGUGCACAGAUUGCAGGUGGCCUCCUUCUCCCUGACCCUGCUGGAGUUGACGGCGGCCGACCAGGGACGCUACUGCUGCCAGAUCGUGGACACGCUGGUGUGGAGCAAAACCAACCACACCAUGUUCCAGCACGCACACAGCUAUAUGCUCCUCACCGUCUCCCCACGCCACAACAACAGUCUGAAGUGUAUUGAGCUGGACCAGAAGGUGCAAGGAAACUCGGGGGCUGUGUGGCUGGCCACAAUGGUGUGCAUUAUUGGCAUUUUGUGUCUGCCACUUUUACUGGUCCUGGUGUAUCGGCAGAGACAAGGACCCCACAUGAGCCGACGUGCACACGAGCUGGUGCGCAUGGACAGUGAGGCCCAGGGCCAUGACAACCCUGUGUUCACGGGCGGAUCCCCCAGGCCUCAGUACCGACCUGUGUCUGCCAUUUUAACCCGCCAGGCAUCCGAAUCAGGGCACCUGCUGUCUGCCCCCGGAACACCAUUCACACCCAACACGCACGGAGAAGUGUUCUUUCCUGCUCAAGAACCCAUCCCAGAGUCACAUGACUUCCUGCCAGCAUAAGAAGGAGAGAUCAGGCUGGCUCGUCUUUUCCUCUGGAAUUGCCCUGCGCUUUUCUUUCUGUGUCUCUCCUCUGUCUUCCCUCGCUUCUCCAGCGGAAGCAUAGAAAAUACCUCCACCCCCCACACCCCCACCCUGGCACCACCUCUUUUGACCCCUGCCUCCUGCAGCAAUGAGUGCUGCUUGGCCGGUGUCUGCUCUCCUCAGCGUACACUUACAGCACAGACAGGCUGGAAUGUUUCAUAACCCUGGACAGCAUAGGGGGAGAGGUGUCUGGGCAGGGGCUAGGCGCUUUGAGGAGUCAGCCAGGACUCGAUCCAGAAGUCAUCCUGCACUUUACACGUUUCUCCUUUGUAACAAAACUGCCAUGAGUUCAGAAAGAACACAAACCCGUGAUUAUUGAUUCAGAAUAAUUACGAGACCGUUUGUGGUGCGUUUCUGUUUUAUGAUGCCUUCUAUGAUACAUUUGAAAGUGACAAACUAGUAAAUAUUCUCAUGUGUGCACUGAUGUUUGCGAGCAUGUACAUGUGUGUGACAAUGAGGAUUGUGUGUGUGUGUGUGUGUGUGUGUGCGUAUGCAAUCCCUUAAGUUACCAGAGAUCUGUAAAAUGUAUUAAAACUGCCGUACAAAAUCUAUAAAAUCUUUUGUCUAUUUUGUAAAAUAAAACUAUUUCCCAAGUU